AUGACUUCUUCAGGAACUCCCUCUACCACUAAAGAAACUCUUUCUAACGUGAACGUAACCGCAGCAUUAGAUGUCGAAGGAAAUGUUCCAUUAAAGAGUGUUCAAAUUGACGGUUUGGUAGUUCUUAAGAUUAUCAAGCAUUGUCGCGAGUUUUUUCCAAAUCCAGUAACUGGACAACUUCUAGGCCUUGAUGUUAAUGGUGUCUUGGAAGUAACCAAUUGUUUCCCAUUUCCUGGAUCUAAAGCUGACGACGAAAAUGAACUCGUAGAUGGUGCUAGAUAUCAAGUUGACAUGAUGCGUUGUCUUCGCGAAGUAAAUGUCGAUAAUAAUACAGUUGGAUGGUAUCAAUCGACAUACUUGGGUUCUUUUGUAACACACAAGUUAAUUGAAACCCAAUAUAAUUACCAACAAACUUUUAAUAAUAAAAGUGUUGUAAUCGUGCACGAUGUCUCUCGCUCAACCCAUGGUAACCUUUCAUUACGUGCAUUCAGAUUUUCACAAGCAUUCAUGGAAGCACAAAAGGAGAGCAAAUUUACCACAGAAUCUCUAAUAAAAAACAAACUAACAUUUUCGAAUAUUUUUGAAGAACUUCCAAUUACUGUUAAAAAUUCACAUUUAAUGACAGCGCUUCUUCAUUCCUUGGAUGAUUAUGAACAUAUUAUACCAAAAACAACUUUAGAUAAGGAAACUGUGGUCAGCCCAUUAAGUCCAAAUUUUGAUACAUUAGAAUUAAGCCUUGAUCCAUAUAUCGAAAAAAAUUUAGAAUUUUUGUUAGAGGCUGUUGAAGAACAUACACAAGAACAAAACACAUAUACAUUUUGGCAACGAAAUGUUGGUAGAGAACAAGCGAAAAUGCAGAGUGCUCUACAAAAGAGAAAACAAGAAAACUCAUCACGACAGGCUUCUGGACUAGAACCUCUUCCAGAGGAUGAUAUCCUUAAAAUGUAUAAACUUCCUGCUGAACCCUCAAGACUUGAUUCUUUAUUAAUUACAGCACAAAUUAAUAAUUAUUGCAAGCAACUAAACCAAUAUUCUGGACCAACUCUUGGAAAAUUUUUUAUGGCAGGAGAAUUGCAAAAAUAA